AGAGAUUCGGCAAGGUCGCACAUUGGUAUCUUACGCCAGCCUACAUAAUGUCUCUGUGGUCCCCUGGUACAGCACUGUGUGUCAUUUGUGGAAGGGGAAGAAGCUUUUAGAGUAUAUCCGUGGAUGUUUCUGCCAAUUUACAAUUCUGAUAUACUUCUCCGAUUCAGGGUGUCGUAGCUUUCUUACGCAAUCUGCAUUGCUGCUCUGGUUGCUUUAAAAUAUCCUGCCUUUUUCAUACUGAAGAUUUGGACUGUGACUGGUGAAUGAUACGAUGGUCUGUUCGGAGAGCUAGGUUUUGAGAGAUUUUAAGCAAGACGAUCAGGGCUGAGAGAAUAUGUAGUGUAAUUUGUAUUUGAUGGAUUGCUUUUGCUUGCUAUCUCCAGGUCUGUGAUUUACGACUAGUGUGUAGUCAUCUGGCUGUGUGAUUUUAGUCCUUGAGCACCAUCUCAAUGGAGCUUUCUAAACUCGCAAGCCGUUCCAGGCACUGUGGCUUGGUUGCCCACCGUCGAUCAUCUACUCCGGCAGACUGCCGUUCCCACAUUACCAGUCUAUCCCUCACUGAUACUACCAAACCCAGAAGUUUGAUGUCAACUCUUCGUCACGAUGUUUCUUCAAAAGAAGGUCGGGUACGGUUUGGGCGGGGUGUGGAAGUGCAGCGACUUGUCAAAUGCGAGAGUUUGCAGGAGGGACAAGUAGGGAGUGUCGAAGAGAAAACAGCUUUUGCGGGUAGAUUAGAAAAUGGUGCAGAAGACUCUAGACAAUCCGGAGGUCAUGACGAUGGGCUUGCGAGGGCAAAGCUUGCUGUCUUCGUUUCUGGUGGGGGCUCGAACUUCCGAGCUAUUCAUGCUGGAUGCAAGGAAAACGCAAUAUUUGGCGACGUUGCCUACGUCGUUUCAGAUAAGCCUGGUUGCAAGGGCUGUGAAUAUGCCAUCGAAAACAACAUUCCCGUUUUAGCGUAUCCAAAAGGCAAGCAUGCGCCUGAGGGAAUUUCUCCUACUGAGCUUGUAGAGCAACUGAGGGGUGCAGGUGUGGAAUACAUCCUGCUAGCAGGGUACUUGAGAUUACUUCCUUCUGAGCUAGUUCACGCGUAUCCUCGCGCAAUCUUAAAUAUACACCCUGCUUUGCUUCCGUCGUUUGGUGGGAAGGGGUAUUUUGGAAUGAAAGUUCACGAAGCUGUCAUCCGUUCAGGUGCCCGAUUCACCGGAGCCACAGUACACUUUGUAGACGAGAAGUACGAUACUGGUCCCAUUCUGGCCCAAAGAGUCGUACCUGUGCGAGCUGAUGAUACCCCUGCUGAGCUAGCUUCUAGGGUUCUAAAAGAGGAGCAUCAAUUGUAUUCGUUUGCAGUUUCCGCGCUCUGUGAGGAUCGCAUCUUCUGGCGCGAGGAUGGUGUGCCAAUCAUUCGCAAGUCAUGGGACGAGGCAGAGUAUGUAUGAUGAUGUUCUCCAAUCAUCUAGUGAAGGUUCUUGGAGUUCAUUGGUGUACAUCAUGGUCUCAAACGGGAAUGUAUUUUGUGUCCAAUCCUUGUUGCCUGGUUUUGGCAUUGUGGAUUGGCAAUCAAAGAAUAAUCACCUGUACUGAAGGGGCUGCAUUUCACACUUCAUGUGCAGUGCUCCCCAAGUGGGUAUAGCAUUCGUCUUGCAAAAGUGUGCUGAUACAACGUGAAAGGUUGUUGAAACACUGAGACAGAGGAUUCGUUCACUAGAAAGUUAGGAAUGUUGCGUGGCCCUUGUGUUGCCUUUUGGGUACACUUAUUACAGCUGUGGAUGGUGCUCAUUUCUUUUUUUUGAGUAGAACGGAGAGGUUGAGCACCUUCUCUAAACUGUGUCGCCUUAGAGUGGCGAGAAUAAUGUUUCAGCGUGGAACUUUCCCUCUGCUCUUGGGCUGCCAGCUUGCUUUCAAGGGACGUAACAUCAGUCUGCCAGACCACAGGAGGUGAAAAAUCCUUCGUUCGAGAGUAACAAAGAAGUUCUGCAUUUUUGUUGAAA